AUGGACCUGCUGGAGUUGCUGCGGCAGGGCGGCGCCGCACUGACCCAGUGCCCCAACGCGGAGCUGCUGCCACUGCUGCAGCAGGCCGUCUAUGAUGAGAGCGUUGGCCCUCGGCUGUUUUCAGACAAUGCGGCGCUUGCAGGCCUCUGCUGCCGUCUGAUUCAUGCCUGCAAGACCAUCACAGACGCGACUGAUGUUGACCAAGCCACCGAGAACGAGAUGCAUUUCAUACGAUUUGCCUUUGGGCUCACGCCGCGGAGCGUCAGCUCCUCCCUGGCCAUUCGCAUCCUUUACAAGUCCAAAGUCUUGAGCGUCCUGGAGCAGAGCAUGGAGACGCUGUGGGACGUCGCGGACCAGGUCGGUGCCGACAGCCCAGGUGUGGAGAAUGCCCUGGGCUCCAUGAUACAGGCAGUGGAUGACAUGAGCUGCUACGAGUUCAAGCUCGCGCCGCGGGAAGACGGACGUGCGCCAAGCCAGGUGCCGGCCGCGCUCGCAUCCCAGCAGCCCGGCGGCCGCUCUACUGGGCGGGUGGUGCUCGGCCCCAUCAUGAUUCCGCAGCUGAUGCUGGUGCUGGGGCUCAAUGAAAGCACCACGCCGUACCUGCUGCGCCGGGACGCCACGUCCUGCCUCCUGACCCUGGCCACGUCCUCCAAGGCCAACCAGCGCGUCCUGCUGCGCCAUGAGGCUCGCGAGGGCGGGCCGGGCGGCCAGCCGGAGGGCAUGGCGCAGCGGCUGUGGGGCCGGCUGCUGCGGAGUUGCGGCGACUAUCCCAUGCAGCGCGACCUGGCUGAGCUGCUCUACCGCUGUGCGCGCAACGGACGCCCCGACCUCCACGCGCGCUUCCUGGGCGACCCGGAGCUGGCUGCCGCGUUUGAUGAGGUGCUGGAGCAGGACCCCAAGGACAUCGACCUGAGCGCGGAGCUGCACCGCUUCCUGGGGCGCUACAAUGAGCACUAUCACGACCUCACGGGGGUGGUCUCUCUUGAGGCCGACUCCAUUGAGCUGGCCAUGCCCUUCCUUGCACCAGAGGCGGGGCCUGAGGGCAGGCUGCUGCACCUGGGCCGCGGCCACAUGACUUUCGCGGCACGCAGGAUCGAGGACGGCCAGGGCGGCGGCAACGGCGGGGAGGGUGGAGACGAUGCGCCAUUUGACUACUGUGACAUCAAUUAUGGUAAUAUUGAGUCGCUGCGCCAGCUGGCGCCAACCCCUGGCAACGACCACGGCCCCCUGACAUUUGACCUGCGACUGAGGGAGGCGCCAGCGCUGCUGGCGGCGCAGGCGGACGAUGACACGAUUUACCCCAGGGAAAGCUACCGCGUACGCCUGGUGCUGGGCUGGAAGGCCGCCAACAAAUUCAAAGCAGAGCUGCAAGAGGCAGGCGUGGCGAUGCUCCUGCCCAGUGUGCAUGGGGCGGCCACAGUGACUCAGGGCACCAAUGGCAGCACGAGGUCCUGGAUGAAGACGUCCAUCGCCACCAUGGGCGCCAGCCGGGGCCAGCUGCCCCUGAAGCCUACUUGCGCCCAGGCCGCUGCCGCGGCUGCCAGCAAGGGCCCUCUAAACCUCCAGAGAUCAGAGUUCAGCCCGGAUCUGCCCCUAGACCGCGCAGACGGCACUCGAACCGGUGGCGGCCCGGCCGCCAACGGCGGCGGCGGCGCCGCUCAGAUGGCUGCUGCUGCCGGGGACGGCGGCGGUCUGGGCGUGAUGGUGCAGGCUGGGGCUUGGCACGGUCGUUCGCCGCUAGGCACCAUGGUGACGCCGGCAGAGCAGGUGGUCCCCAACUACCUAGCGCCCUCCCUCCCAGACGCCACCACCGGCCACCCCACCGCUGGCGCUGCGGACCAUCCAAAAGACGCCGACGAGGGCAUGCGGGCGCCCGCCGCGCCAGCGGCUCCCGCCGCUGGUGGCGCCGCGGCACCCGACCUGGCGGCCGCGUCGCCCUACGACGGCGCCAUGCCGCUGCAGGCGGCCCUGGCGCCCGGCCAGGCGGCGCCCGGCCUCGCUGACGAGGACUAUUUGUUGGCGGACAACGACCUGGAGCAGCUGGUCAACGGGCACCCGGUGGCCAGCCUGCGCGCGCACACGCCGCUGGCGCGGCCCGCCCUCUCGGGGCCGCAGCUGGGGGCGUGUGAGGAAGCGGGGUGGGAGGAGGAGGUGACGGGGGCCGGGGCGCCGGCGCAGGCGGCAACGGCGCCGGCGCCGGCGGGGGCGCACGGGCGAGGCGGGCUCGAGGGGGCGGAGGGGCAGCAGAAGCAGGGGGGUCAUGCGGCGCAGCACCUGGAGGGCGUGCAAGGGCAGGCAGCCGCAGCGCCACAGGCACGAGCCAAUGGCAAAGGCAAAGCUGCCAAAGGUGGUGCCACGGCCAAGACAAAGGGUAAGGCCAGGGGAGCGGUCGGCGCCGCGGACGCGGCGGCUGGCAGGGCAGGGCGCAAGAAGGCCACGGCGCCUCAGCCGCCUCCGGCCCGUGCGACGCGCCGCGGCGCCAAGGGGGCGGCAGCCAAGGCGGCUGAGGAGGGCACGCAGGACCAAAUCGAGGUGACGCCGCCAGACGCAGCGCGCCAGAAGGCGCAGCCUGCCGCCAUCGCUGCUGCUGGCGGUGUCCGCAAGCGCAAGGCGACGCAGCCGGCGGAGGAGGACGCCGCCGCCGUGCGCGGCCGCGACCAGGCCGCGCCGGCGCCCGCGGGCAAGGAGGAGACGCCGCAUGGUCGCGGCAAGCGCCGCCAGGCAGGCACGCCGGCGGCGGCGGCGGCGGCCGGGGCGAAGCAGGCGCGGGCGGCGGGGGCUGGAGAGGAGGCGGAGGUGGACGGCGCUGGCCUGGCGUUUGGCGGCAACCUGCGGCCAGCUGCGGCGGAGGCAGUCAAGGGGACGGCGGCGGCGGCGGCGGGCCGAGGCAAGGGGGGCGGCAAGAAGCAGCAGCAGGAGCAGCGGGCGGAGCAAGAGGACUGGGUUCAGCCGGCGCGGGCAAUGCCGGCUUGGAUGGCAGAAGGGCCGCCGCCCGCACAGCCCUGUGGCGAGCUCAGCGCCCUCAGCGACGACGACGACCAAAGAGAGGCCGGCCAGCCCCAGCCCCAGCCCGCACCCGCGCCCGUCCCUGCUGCCGCUGCGGCGCGCACCCCGCGCCGCGCGGCCCCCGCCGGCGCCGGCGCGUCGCCAGCCGCAACGUUUGGCCGCGGCAGCCGGCUCGGCGCGGGCGGUCGCCUCGCCAAGAUGCAGGCGUCGCCUACGCCAACCCCGGGCAAGGCGUUCGCGCCGCCCGGCGCUGCAGCCGAGGCGGCCGCGGCCGCCCGUGUGGCGAUGGAGGGGGCUGGCGGCGCUGAGGCCAGGGCGGCCAGGGGCUAUAAGGCAGCCAAGGCCAGCAGCGCCGCGGCGGCAGGCGGCAGUUUCAGCUUUGCUGUCCACCCCAGUGCCUCCCAGCCUGCCGGCGGUGCGGCGAAGCGCCCCGGCGCUCUGGCGGCCGUGGGCUCAGAGCCGCAGGAGGCCGGGUCGCCGUUCCUGCAGCUGGCGCAGAGGCCCCCCGACGAGUCCGCGCCCGAGUGGGACCUGCCCAACGGCGAUGGCGGCGCCCCUGCCGCCGCCGCGCCCAAGGCACCAAAGCCCCGCCACGCAGCGAAGCCGGCGGAGGCAGUUGCGGCGUGCAGCAAGCAGCAGCAGAAGCAAGUGAGCAAGCAGGAGCGGGCGCGGCCAGCAUCGCCGUAUGAAUUCGACAUGGGAGGCUCAGACGAGGAGGGCGAGGGUGGCAAGGCGCGCAAGCCGUGGCAGCAGCGCGGCCGCGCGCGCCAGGCAGAGGUUGAGGAACCGAGCAGUGAGGAGGAGGAGAGCGCCAGGGAAGAGGCCGACGAAGAUUUUAGGCCAAGGGGCGCCGCAGCAAAGGGCAGGGGUGCCAAGGGCAGGCAGCCCCCCGCUAGCAAGAAAACGGCGGCGAUGGAGGAGGACAAGCACGAAGAGGGUGCGGCGGCCAAGGGCAGGGGGUCCAAGGGGGCAGCCAAGCCGCCAAAGGCCCCCAGGGGCGCUGGCGGCAAGGCCGCCGCCAAGGGCGGUUGCAAGAAGGCAGCGGCGGCGGCGACGGGCGCGGCGGAGGAGGAGCAGCCCGAGCAGGAGACUGGGGCGGCGGCAGCAGCUGCGGCCGGCGUCACUUCCGGCAGGGCGGCUCGCGCUUCCAAGACCAAGGCCCUGGAAGCCCUCCACCGCCAGCAGCACCAGCAGCAGCAGCUCUCUCUGGAGUUGCGCAGCAACAGCCAAGACCUGGAAAACUUGCCGCCCUCCGCGGGGGGUCGCAGUGACGGAGCCGCGGCGCGCGCGCAAGUGGGGGUGCCCGGCGAUUCCACGGCUGCAGAAGAGGAGCAGGCGGCCGCGCAGGACGCCGGGUUCGGGCUGGAGGAGGGCGGCGCUUACGAUGAUGGUGCCGGCGUCACGGCGGCGGCAACUGAGGAGGAGCAGCAGGAGCUCGGGCGGCCCGACGGGCGGGACGUGCCCCCGCUGGCCAAGCACGGCCUUUCACCGCUCCCGGCCAACCUCACUGGCGCCAAGGGCGCCGGCAGCCCGCCCCACCCGCUGCCCCAGCUGCACCCGCCCAUCAAGUCCCUGGCCAGCCUGGACACAGGCCCAGGUGCCGCUGCCGCCGCCGCCGCCGCCGCUGCGGCGGAGCAGCCAGUCCUGAAGCUCGGGCGCCUGUCCGCCCCCAAGACAGCCGGCGGGCGGCGCGUGACGGACGCCACCCCGACAGCCGACGACGCCGCCGUCCUCGCUCCUAGCACCCGCCGCGGCGCGGCGCCCGCGCCCGCGGCUGCCGCGGGGCCGGCGGCGGCCGCGCCGCGGUUUGCGCUGCGGCAGCCCACGUAUGCUGGCGGGGCCUGGGCGGCGGAGGGCGAGGUGGACGAGAUAGAGGACACGCAGACAGAGCUUGCAAAAGCGGCUGCCGCUGCCGGCGCCGGCGCCAGCAAGAGGCACCUCAGCGGCCUACCGCCGCGGCCCGCGGUGCCUGGCUCGAGGCCCGCCCCGGGCGCGCUGCCCGCGCUUGCGGACCAGCAGGGCCACGCAUUCGAGGGGGAAGGGGCACAGGCGGAUGGCGCGGCUCGCAAGCGCCAGAGGCUGAUGGCGGCGGACGACGCCGCGGCGCUGGCCGGUUCGCCAGACUCCGAGGGGGCGGGCGGGCCGCCUUCGCCGGGCAGCAGCGCCGGCACAGAAGGCGGCGACGAGCUUGCGGCGCUGCUGCGCGGCGGCCGGCCACCGCAGCGGUCUGCCGGGCUGCCGCAGCUGCCAGGGAUGAGGCCGGAGGCAACGCCGUUGGUCGCGACUGGCGACGCCACCAUAACCAAGAAGCUCGCGUUCACCGCCGCCGCCGGCCCCAAGGCCCACGCCGGCGCCCGCCUGCUGCCCGUGCUGCCGAUGUCAGCGCGCGCCGCGGCCGGCGUCCCCCGUGGCGCCGGCGCCGCCGCCAAGGCCGGCGGCGGGCGCGGGGCCAGUGGCCGGGGCGCGGCUGCGCGCGGCCAGGGGCGCGGGCGCACUCGCGGCGGCCUGGGGCCGCUUGGGCUCACCCUUGGUUUUGGCGCCGAGGAGGAGGAGGAGGGGCGUCGUGCAGUGCCUCAGGGCUGUGGCGGCGCCGGAGCGUACGGGGUGGUUGGGGACAUGAGCGAGGACGAGGACGAGGAGGGCGGAGACAGCCAGCAGGCGCUGUCCAUGCUGGGGCAGCUGCUGGGCAGUGCCCUGGGGGGCGGCGACAGCGAUGCGGACGAGGAUGGCGGGGAGGUGGUGGCGCUGCAGCAGAUGCUGGCACGCGCCGCUGGUGCCAAGAAAGCCGCCGCUAGGCGCCAGGAGGCGGCUGUUGUCCAGGAGGUGCAGGCCGCCAUGGCCGCCAAGGCGUCGGAGCUGGGCGCUGCGCUGCGCGCGGAGGAGAAGCAGCUGGCGGCAGCGGCGUCGGGGAGGCUGGCGCGGGCGGCGGCCGCCCUGGAGGAGCGCGCCACGGCCAUGGCCGCGCUCAGGGACAGGUUUGAGGCCGAGCUGCGCGCCAUGUGGGAUGACUACAAUGACCAUUACUCCGAGGUGGAGACUAUCAAACAGGAGCUGGAGGCAGCCCUCACAAAGCGCCGCGCUGGCGCGAAGCGGCGGAUCGCCGCGCUGCAGGCUGAGGGCGACGCGCUGCUGGCCGACGCACGCUCGCGCAUCCAGCGGCGGCGCAAGCGCGCGGGGAAGCUGCCGCAGCUCGCUGCGCUUCUGAAGCAGUUUGUGUGA